AUGGGACCAGAUUGGACAGAUUUCCUCGCAUACAUCACUUCGACUCCAGUCCCACCCGACGAGAUUGAACACUUCCGAACGACAUGGGCGAGAAAAUACAUUGACGAUCCGGCAUACAAGCCCGUCGUGACCUUCUCUCGCAUACCAAAGUCCGAAGGGGUCGACACGUUCUUUGCAAAGACCAUCCGAUCGCCUAGCACCGUCCCGAAUGCGUUGACCUUGAUCCGCAAAAAUUUUGUCACUCCGCCGGAAGAAGCGCAGUCGACGGCGAAGGGGCACCGAGAUGACGCUGCGCCGCAGCCACCGCCAGACUGUAUCUGGCUGCUCGACCUGCGCUCCGACCUCAACGGCUUCAAGGACACCACGCACGGCGGCGUGCUCUGCGCGCUCAUGGACGAGGCCCUCAGCAUCUGCGUCGAAAUCCACCGCCAGCAGACCAUGGGCAUGCGCUCGAACUUGUACACCGCCUACCUCACCACCAACUACCGCGCACCCGUCAUCAACCCGUGCACCGUGGUGAUCAAGACGCGGCUCGAGCGGCGCGAGGGGCGCAAGUGGUUCUUGGUUGGGUCUCUCGAGGAUGAGCAGGGGAGGGUCUUGACUGAGGCGAAUGGUCUCUGGAUCGCGGCCAAGGAGAAGUUGUGA